CACACCGAGAUCAAACAUGGCUUCGCUGUGCCGCUGCCUCCGAUCUGCUGCUAGUUUAAAGUUGCUUCAGUCCCAGCCAAUUUGUGCUGCAGCAGUUCAGAAAAGAUGGCUGAACCUUCACGAAUACCAGAGUAAGGAGCUGAUGGAGUCCCAUGGGUUGGCAGUACAGAGGUUUCUUAUGGCAGAGAAGGGUGGAGCCGAGGCUGAAGUAAUUGCCAAAAAACUCAAUCCUAUAGAAUUUGUCAUCAAAGCCCAGAUAUUGGCUGGAGGCAGAGGAAAAGGCACCUUUGACAAUGGUUUCAAAGGAGGAGUCAAGUUAACUAAAGAUCCCAAAGAAGUUGGUGACUUUGUAACUAAUAUGGUGGGACAUAGGCUUAUGACAAAGCAGACUCCACCAGAAGGCGUGUUAGUACAGAAGGUAAUGAUAGCCGAAGCAUUUGAUAUUGAGGACGGCAAGGAGAGAUACCUGGCUAUUCUCAUGGACCGUGAAAGCAAUGGUCCCGUGAUAGUAGGCAGUCCAUAUGGAGGAAUGGACAUCGAGGAGGUGGCUGAGAACAAUCCAGAGGCAAUAUUCAAAGCUGUUGACCAGAUAAAGAAGAUGUACAACAUGUUCAUACAGAUUGACGCCACACAGAUAGAGGUGAACCCCAUCGCAGAGACAACACAGGGCAAAGUCAUCUGCUUUGAUGCCAAAAUUAAUUUUGACGACAGUGCAAGGUUCCGACAGAAAAAAUUCUUCGAUGCAGAAGACAAAUCGGAGAUGGACUGGAGGGAACGGGAAGCCAAUGAGUCUGACCUCAACUACAUUGGCAUGGACGGCAAUAUUGCAUGCUUAGUGAAUGGAGCAGGUCUGGCAAUGGCUACCAUGGACAUUAUAAAGUUGAAGGGCGGGGAACCUGCGAACUUCCUAGAUGUGGGAGGUGGUGUAACAGAAAGCAUGGUUGAAAACGCAUUCAAGCUCAUUACAAAAGAUUCCCAGGUGAAAGCCAUCCUUGUGAACAUAUUUGGAGGUAUAGUGAACUGUAAGACUAUUGCUGAGGGUAUCACUAACGCUGCGAAGAGCAUUCAUUUGCAAGUCCCCCUGGUAGUACGAUUAGAAGGCACAAAUGUGGACGAAGCCCGUAAAAUUCUAGAUGCCAGUGGGAUGAAAAUAAUUUCAGCUACAGAUCUGGGAGAUGCUGCGGAGAAAGCUGUGGGCAGUAUAGCUUAGAUUGUGUUUUGAGGAUGGAGAGUUUACAGAAUUUGUUCUCAGUGCUUGUUCAAAAGUUCAUUGAACUGUUACAGGCUUUAUGUGGAAAGUGAAGAAAGACUUGGAGAUCUUCCUCAGGUGUAGAGUCAAUAUCAUGGUUGGUGGGAAUAUUUUCAUGUGGGACUCAUUAUCCACAUGCUGUCUGCAUGGAUGAAAAAAUAGACAAUCCAAGUAGUAAGUGGGGUUUAGAAUAAUACUGACGCUGAAAUGUUGGGUAUUUUUAUAACAACUGUAUACAGUUCUCUCCAAAGCUGCCAUAUUUAUAUUUUAUUUCAGUUGAAACACAAUAGAAGGCAAACGUGAAUCCAUCCGCUCCUUCUUGUAAUUAUAUAUAAAUGACUGGCUUUGUGAUUUAACUUAUUGCCAUUUGAUCAUGAUGUCUGCAUUUGAACAGUUCUUUGUUAGAAAUACUGCAAAUCAUGAUCCUCUAACUUGUAGACGUAAUGCCAGUGGGUCGUGCUGUAUUUUUAUAAGCUUUUGGCAGAACUUAAAACGGAUGUAAGUGGGGUUGCAUUCAGUCAAUAAAA